UCGAGAGCGUCCUGGAGCAGCUCCCGUGCCUUCCGCGCCUCCUGUGUGCCAGGACCCCAAGAGAAGGACGCCCGCAGCCGCUCUCCGCCUGGCUCUUCGCCUCUCUGUCCACCCGGCCCUCCGCCCCGCGGCUCCGAUCCAUCUGCUCGGGGCCUGUCCGCUGCGCGCCGGCUUCUGGCUGUCUUGGCCACCGCGCUCUCCCCGGUUCCUCCUGCGCGCCACAAUGAGCUCCAGCACCGCCAGGACGCUCGCCGUCACCGUCACCCUUCUCCACUUGACCAGGCUGGCUCUCUCCACCUGCCCUGCCGCCUGCCACUGCCCCCUGGAGGCACCGAAGUGCGCCCCGGGCGUCGGGCUGGUCCGGGACGGCUGCGGCUGCUGUAAAGUUUGCGCCAAGCAACUCAACGAAGACUGCAGCAAGAUGCAGCCUUGCGACCACACCAAGGGGCUGGAAUGCAAUUUCGGCGCCAGUUCCACCGCUCUGAAGGGGAUCUGCAGAGCUCAGUCAGAGGGCAGACCCUGUGAAUAUAACUCCAGAAUCUACCAGAACGGGGAAAGCUUCCAACCCAACUGUAAACAUCAGUGCACAUGUAUCGAUGGCGCCGUGGGCUGCCUGCCGCUCUGUCCCGAAGAACUCUCUCUCCCCAACUUGGGCUGCCCCAACCCCCGCUUGGUGAAAGUGGCCGGGCAGUGCUGUGAGCAGUGGGUGUGUGACGAGGUUGGUGCCUUGGACGACCAGGACGACCAGGACGAUCGCGAUGGCCUGGAGGACCUCCUCAGCCAGGGGCUGGGCUUCGACGCUUCCGAGCUGGAGUUAACGAGAAACAAUGAAUUAAUUGCGGUUGGGAAAGGCAGCUCGCUGAAGCGGCUCCCUGUCUUCAGCAUGGAACCUCGGAUCCUUUACAACAACCCUGUGCAUGGCCAGAAAUGUAUCGUUCAAACAACUUCAUGGUCCCAGUGCUCCAAGACCUGUGGAACUGGUAUGUCCACACGAGUCACCAAUGACAACCCUGAAUGCCGCCUGGUGAAAGAAACCCGGAUUUGUGAAGUGAGGCCUUGUGGACAAUCCGUGUACAGCAGCCUGAAAGUAAGUUUCUUUGGGGACCUGUACAUUGAUCCCCAGCAAGUAGGCAGGAUAAGGACCCCCUUUCAGAAAGAAAGAAAGAAAGAGAGAAAGCCCAUUCCUCAUAUUCUUUUUUUCCCCCUUCCCUCUUUCUUGCAGAAGGGCAAGAAAUGCAGUAAAACCAAGAAAUCUCCCGAACCAGUCAGGUUUACUUAUGCUGGAUGUACCAGUGUGAAGAAAUACCGGCCCAAGUACUGUGGCUCCUGUGUGGAUGGCCGGUGCUGCACACCCCAGCAGACCAGGACGGUGAAGAUGAGGUUCCGCUGCGAAGAUGGGGAGACAUUUUCCAAGAACGUCAUGAUGAUACAGUCCUGCAGAUGCAACUACAACUGCCCGCAGGCCAACGAGGCAGCGAUUCCUUUCUACAGGCUAUUCAACGACAUACACAAAUUUAGGGACUAAAUGCUAUCUGGGUUACUGGCAGGAUGGAAAGGAGGAGAGAGGUGUGUGAGAGGAUCACGGAGACAUGGGUGGGGGCGGUGGGGUGAAGGGACUCAUUGUAGAAGGAAUACCUUGCUCAUUCUUGGAAUGGCAUGAAGUAUUUCCAAACUGCUAAGGGGGCUGGUGGGAUGGACACUUAAUGCAACCGCGAUUGAAGAAUACUUCGCUUCAUAGUAUUGGAGCACAUGUUACUGCUUCAUUUUGGAGCUCGUGGUGUUGAUUGAUGACUUUCUGUUUUCUGUUUGUAAAUUAUUUGCUAAACAUAUUUUUUUCCCUCUAGGCUUUUGUUUCCCCCUUUGAUUUCUGUGAUUGUAAUAGAGAUAAGACUAGUUGGGCAGUGAACGCUUUGUUUGUUGUAUGUCAGGAGUAACUGGAAGGGCCUUCCAUCCCUUCCAGAAUGGGGGAGACACUCUGUGAGUGUCCCAGAGAGGCAGCUACCUGCACUCUUAACUGCAAACAGAAAUCAGGUGUUUUAAGACUGAAUGUUUUAUUUAUCAAAAUGUAGCUUCCGGGGAGGGAGGGGAAAUGUAAUACUGGAAUAAUUUGUAAAUGAUUUUAAUUUUAUAUUCAGUGAAAAGAAUUUAUUUAUGGAAUUAAUCAUUUAAUAAAGAAAUAUUU